ACUCGUCCUCGCGUACCACGGCGCACCGCUUCGGCACGACUGGGCACCAUGCGCCGCAUCUUGUUGUGCUGCGCUGCCCUCACGCACGCAUUGAGACUGGAGCUCGACGUCGACGGGAGACGCCUACACCUCGAGUACGAGGAGAGCAACCUCUGGGAGGCGCGCUUCCGCUACGCCGAGGCGUUCGUGGCGAAGCACGACCUCGCCAAGUACCAGGGUCUCGGCUGCGAAGAAGUUUUAUAUGCGAGGCAUAAAUGCGUCGCGUCGAAGAUCGAGGAGGCCAUGAAGGCGCAUCGGGACCAGGUCCGGGCGAUCAUGCGCCAGUGGGUCUCUACUGUUAAGGAGACCGUCUCACUAAAUGCUGAUGGGGAGGAGGACACUACCUGGCUCCAGUUUUUACAGAGGCGCAUGUUCCGGGGCUGUGCGCUAGAUUCGAUCGCCGACCCUCCUUCAAAUAUCCUGUCGAAAUUCAUUGCAUUAGAAGUAGGAUGCGGCUCGGGAAAACUGAUGAAGCGCCUCGCUACCAGGGUACGACGGUUGGACGGCGCGGACACGUCGAAGGCUGCAUUAUCCAAAGCCCACGAGAGAUUAAGUGGAGAGUACACGUUAUUCCAUGCCGACGGUUUAUCAUUGGACGCCGUGCCCAACGCCACCUAUGAUAUUGUUUAUUCUGCGAACUUGCUGCAACGCAUACCGAUUCACGCUUUACGGUACAAGCACCUCGAGGAGUUCUUCCGCGUUUUGAAGUGCGACGGCCACGUAUCGCUACAAAUGGGCUUCGGUGAAGGCGGUGCCGACUAUCAUGACGACCACCUGACGACUUCCACUGAGGUCUCGGUCACGAACGCGACGCACCUCUUGCAAGACCUCUACAAGGUCGGGUUCAGGGACCACACCCACGAGAUUAUUGAGCAGAGCCCCCCUGGUUCAUUAUUCAGUCAGUCGCUGAUGGUCGUCGCCAGGAAACAGUGUCCCAGGCUCGGGAUCACAGUUAUUAUCGACGGCGUCGAACAACCAAAGAUCGAGGCGGGCGGCUCGAGGCAAUACGUGGAUCCCGUCGUGCACGACGUCGCGCCUUCUCCGGAAGGUAUCAGGCGGCGGAAGCGCGCCGCGGAGAAUUGUGGUGGGGAGGUCGAAAUUGAUGAAGACGAGGUCGACGCGGAGAUCGCCGACUUACAGAGACAGCUCGCCGAGGCGAAGCGGAAGAAGAAGCGGAAGAAAGGUGCUCCGACGAAAAGACAACCUUUGCAUCCGCAGUUCGUCGAGGACAACCUCGUGGGUCUGGACGGGAAGACUUGUCCUUCCUGCGUAAACUAG